UUUUUUUGUUACCGUUUAUAAGGAUUCGGGUUGUCGUCUGAAAAGGAGAGCGUGGAGGGCUUUUCAUUCCAGAUUGACUAUCAAUGUAAACGAGAGAAAAACUAGAAAGAGAAGAGAAUGCCGGAGGUUAUUCUUCACAUCUACGAUGUUACAAACAGUGGUUCUGCUAAGACCAACAACACCAUUGUCAACAUCAAUAAGAUCUUCAAGGAUGGUAUUGGCUUAGGAGGCAUCUUUCAUAGUGCUGUUCAGGUAUAUGGAGAUGAGGAAUGGUCCUUUGGAUUUUGUGAAAAUGGCAGUGGAGUAUUUAGUUGCCCCCCAUGUAAAAAUCCUAUGUACGCAUAUCGUGAAAGCAUUGCCCUUGGUGAAACAGGGUUUUCAAUCUCCAAGGUCAACCAGAUACUGAGGGAGCUUAGUAGGGAAUGGCCUGGAAAUUCCUACGACCUUUUGUCUAGAAACUGCAAUCACUUCUGUGAUCAAUUAUGUGAGAGGCUCGGUGUACCUAAACUUCCUGCUUGGGUUAAUCGCUUUGCCAAUGCUGGUGAUGCUGCUAUGGAGGUUGCUGGAAAUACGGCAUUACGGAUCCGCUCCCCUGGGGAUAGAGUUCCCGGAGGAGGUUUGCCACCCCUUUUAGCAGAUCCCAAUAAGUAAGAGCUAAGGCAAGCAAAGACAGAGAUAGUAUCUGCCAGCAAAGUUGCCUACCGCUUCCUUGCUACCAUUACCUCUGGCUCGCAAUCCUCUCCAUCCCCUGACUCCUCUCCUAGUGCAUCCACCUCUAACAGGGGAAGCCCUAGGUUCCAAGCCUCUUGGUUUAGGAACCUCCUCCCUGCUCCUGGAGUGAAAUUAUCAGGUAAUCCUGAGAUUCCAGACGACGAUGAUGGAAGACCUAGACAACAGACACCAGAACAACUUCAACAAUCAGAAGAACACAAUUUUCGUCGUACUUGACAUGUUUUCAUGAGAUUUGUAUUGUAAAAUGUGUAUUAGUCAAGAAACCAUAGCUCAUGAACAAGGAUUCACUAUCGGAACUGUAAAAUCAUUUUUCCUUGCAUAUUCUUUUGUGAGAAAUUGAAAUGUGUCCAAUGAUAUGUUACA